UUGUUAUCCCCGACAGAUCCCGACCUGUAUUCGAAAGAGGCUCCUGGGACAAAAGAAUUGGCUCCCAGGGACAAACUGCUGCUGACCUGGAAGAGACCUUAUGGGGUUGGUGCUGGGCUCUGGAAUGUGGGAAACACGUGCUACAUGAAUGCUGCACUGCAGUGCCUGACAUACACACCACCCCUCGCCAACUAUAUGCUGUCCCGGGAGCAUUCUCUAACCUGUCAUAGUCAGAAAUACUGCAUGCUCUGCAGCAUGCAAGAUCAUAUUACAAGGGCCCUGCAGCUUCCUGGAAAUGUUUUUAAGCCCUCACAUGCAUUGGCUGCUGGCUUCCAUAGAUACACCCAGGAAGAUGCCCAUGAAUUUCUAAUUUUCACUGUGGAUGGCAUGAAGAAAGCUUGUCUGUCUGGGCACAAGCCCUUAGAUGGCCACUCUGAGGACACAACCCUAAUCCGUCAAAUAUUUGGAGGCUACUGGAGGUCUCAGAUCAAGUGUCUGCACUGCCAUGGCAUUUCAGACACCUUUGAACCUUACCUGGACAUCGCCUUGGAUAUCGAGGCAGCUCAGAGCCUCAACCAAGCUUUGCAAUGGUUGGUGAAGCCCGAGCACCUGGACGGAGAGGAUGCCUAUCACUGUGGUACUUGUCUAAAGAAGGUCCCUGCGUCCAAGUGUCUGACUGUGCACACUGCCUCCAAGGUCCUGAUGCUUGUGUUGAAAAGGUUCUCAGAUGUCACAGGCAACAAAAUUGCAAAAGAAGUGCAAUAUCCCGAGUGCCUUGACAUGCAACCAUACAUGUCUCAGCGGAACAGAGGACCCCUUGUUUACCUCCUGUAUGCUGUGCUGGUCCAUGCUGGGAGCAGCUGUCAAAGUGGACAUUACUUCUGCUAUGUCAAAGCUGGGAAUGGCCAGUGGUACAAAAUGGAUGAUGCUAAGGUGACCGCCUGUGAUAUUUCUUUUGUCCUCAGUCAACAUGCCUACAUCCUCUUUUAUAUCCACAAGAGUGAACUGGAGAGAGACGGUGGGUGUGCCUCAACAGGGGAGAAACUGAGAGGCCGUGGGCCUGAAGAUACAGACAUGGGAGCAACCCAAGGGGGGCUCAGAAGUGACGCUUGCAUCAAGGUUCCUGAGUUGGAGGCGUACUUUGGGAAAACAACUAGAGAGCUCCUAUUACAUCAGUGGAAAUGCCACCAGGAACAAAACCGACCACAGCCUGAAUUCAACUCCAAUGGAGUCAUGUCUCCUGAAUUGAAGUACAGGAGUGAGGUGAAAAAGAGUCAUGCUGAGCAGGACAACUACCUGCUGCAAAAACCAGCCAGGGACGUGACAGAGCAGGUGUCCCUGAGCACUGGUAAAGUCCCCUCUCUGGGAAGAAGGGCCAGAGGUAGCAACGAGCAGGGCACGAGUUUUCUGGUGGUGUUGAUGGUACUGAUGUCAUGGUUGGUGUGGGUGGUGUACAAGAGGAGAAUGCAGGGUUUUCUGCAUUUCGCCUGGCCUUGGUCAGACUUUGGAUUUUGAUGCAGAGAGUAUUUGGAUAAGUAGACUUUUGGGUUUGGAGGGAAUCUGUGUAAUUGGGGAUGAGAGGCUUUUUGCUAACUUAGUGAUGGAAGUUUUUAUAGAUGCAAAGUCCUUGGGAAUAAUUCCUUCCUGAGGAUUUGGCUACGUAUUAUUCAUAUCUUCAAAAGUUGUCCUGUCACCUCGGUCAUUAGAAAUUAUCUGCUAGUUUUCUGUGAGAAGCAAAAGUGGCUGGAACUGACAGAACCUUUCCCUUAUCUUAGGGGGAGGCUCUCCUCUGGGUCCCUGGCCCACUUUGCCAGUCAGUGACCCGGAUCUGCCCCCUUCCCACCCGCUUUGCUGUGAAGACUCAGCAGACAAUUGAAUUCUAGACUGUGGGGUUAAGUUUUCAUUCUUCUGAUGUCAUUUCUUCUGAUGUCAUUUUCAUGUAUUCUUCUGAUGUCAUUUUCAUGUAUUUAUUUAGUUGUACAAUUGUAAGUCUGUGUGCCAGCAAUGUACUAGGGGAGGUAUGUGGAAGUGAUUUUGUCAGAUGCCUCCUAUAGGUAUAAUCCUAUAUGGGAGAAAAUCUGAUAAAGUCUGAUG